UCCAGCGCCGGGCGCCCGCGCUGCAGGAAGGAGCUGCGAGCUGUAGCCGCGCCUGCCUCCGCGCGCCGAGCCGCACCAUGCCCCGCGUAGAUGCAGACCUCAAGCUGGACUUUAAGGAUGUCCUGCUCCGACCCAAGCGAAGCAGCCUCAGGAGCCGAGCCGAGGUGGAUCUUGAGCGUACCUUCACGUUUCGAAAUUCGAAGCAGACCUACGCAGGGAUUCCCAUCAUCGUGGCCAACAUGGACACCGUGGGGACAUUCGAGAUGGCGGUGGUGAUGUCCCAGCACUCCAUGUUCACGGCAAUUCAAAAGCACUACACCUUGGACGAGUGGAAGCUCUUCGCGGCUCAUCACCCAGAAUGUCUGCAGCACGUAGCCGUGAGUUCGGGCAGUGGGAAGAGCGAUCUGGAAAAGAUGAGCGACAUCUUGGAAGCGGUGCCGCAGGUCAAGUUCAUAUGCCUGGAUGUGGCCAACGGGUAUUCAGAACAUUUUGUGGAGUUCGUGAAGCUGGUGCGUGCCCGAUUUCCAGAACACACCAUUAUGGCAGGGAACGUGGUAACAGGGGAGAUGGUGGAAGAGCUUAUUCUUUCUGGAGCAGACAUAAUCAAAGUGGGUGUUGGACCAGGUUCCGUGUGCACCACCCGCACCAAGACGGGGGUGGGCUACCCCCAGCUCAGCGCGGUGAUCGAGUGCGCAGACUCUGCCCACGGCCUGAAGGGGCACAUCAUCUCCGACGGAGGCUGCACAUGUCCAGGAGAUGUCGCCAAAGCCUUUGGAGCUGGAGCGGAUUUUGUCAUGCUGGGAGGGAUGUUUUCAGGCCACACGGAGUGUGCCGGAGAGGUGAUUGAGAAGAACGGGCAGAAGCUCAAGCUCUUCUACGGGAUGAGCUCCGAAACAGCAAUGAAGAAGCAUGCAGGAGGGGUUGCUGAAUACAGAGCCUCUGAGGGCAAGACUGUGGAAGUGCCUUACAAGGGGGAUGUCGAAAACACAAUUCUGGAUAUUCUUGGGGGACUGAGGUCUACCUGCACUUACGUGGGGGCCGCCAAACUCAAAGAGCUCAGCAGGAGGGCGACGUUCAUCCGGGUGACGCAACAGCACAACAUGGUGUUCAGCUAACCUUGAGGAUGAGGUGACGUCCGGCUCGUGGAAGCUUCCACGCACACCUGCUUUCCCACCGCCCUCGUGUUACAUCAGAGUUCCUGGCCGCUCCUGAAUGGUGGCCUACUCCCCGGAGGCUUUGGGGCUCCCCCCUGGUGCCUUCGGGGGUGGGGGGGCUGGAAGCAGGGCACUGACCGGGUCAGUGGUCAGAGCCCAGCUGCCUGGAACGCAUAACCUCAUUGUUAAAACUUAACUCCCCUUUUUUUUCAUUUUUCUUUUUUUAAAGAAAAAUGGUUUCACUUUAAUAUAAUGCGAUUCUCUUAAGA